UUCAAAUUCAAAAUUUUGAUUGAAGGUUAUGUUGAUAUGUAAUUGAUUGAAAGAUUAUAUUGGUAGGCAAACUACGUUCAAUAUAAAAAUUGAAGGACUGAAAAGACGUCUACAAAUCUAGUGCUACCAUGGCCACUAACGGAUCUGUUUCUUCAAAGAAUUUCUGUGAUGCUGGGCCAUCUUGUGCUGACAAUGUUUCUGAAUGGGAUAUCACAUGGAUAACUAAUAUGGAAAAACCUUUGAAACAAAUUAAAUAUGCUAUACUUAUUCUAAAUAGACCAAUUACACAAAAUCCACAAUUCAUGCGAAGACUAUGGAAUCAAGCCAGUAUUAGAAUCACAGUGGAUGGUGGUACAAACAGAUGGGACCAGUUUAUAAGCUCUCAGCCAGAAGCAUAUAAUAAAGGCCUAAAGCUUCCAGACCUAGUCACUGGUGAUUUUGACUCUAUCACUACAGAAAUAUGUGAUAAAUAUAAAAAGAAAGGAUGUAAGAUAGUACAUACUCUAGAUCAAGACCACACAGACUUCACAAAAGCACUAUUAGAAUUAAUUAUUCAUUGCAAUCAAAUUGGAGUGGAGAUAGAAAAUGUUGUUACAUUUGCACAAAAUUCAGGCCGUUUGGACCAGGUUUUGGGAAAUAUACAAACAUUAUUCCUAGCUAGAGAUAAAUUGUUGAUUGCACCAAAGAUUAAAAUUUACCUAAUAUCAGAUGACUCCAUUUCUUGGCUUUUGAGCCCUGGAGAACAUGUUAUACUUAUUUCUGAGGAAGUUAGAAAAAGUAAGAGGGUGUGGUGUUCCUUGGUGCCAAUAGGCGAGGCCUGCGAAAGAGUCACGUCAACUGGACUCAAAUGGAAUUUAGAUCAUCAAAGGUUGAAGUAUGGUGAUUUAGUGAGCACUUCGAACAGAUUCGAUGGCUCAGAUAAAGUAACAGUAAAUUGCAGUCACACUCUUCUCUGGUCUAUGAGGAUACCUAAUAUUAAGUAAUAUUAGUAGUAUUCAUUAAUGAUCUAUGAAAAUAAGUGCGGUGCUGCUAUUACAUACAUAGCUUUCAUACCUUCAUAUAUGUAUAAAUUUACAUAGUUUUUACUAUAUAAUACCCUCCUGAGCGAUUCGAUUACGGCUGCUCGACUGGACGGAGAGAAUCUAUCUCUAUAGGAUUUCUAUGCAACAGUGUCUGCUUAAUGCCAUAAUAUUAUUGCUCUUCAAGCACAAUAGCAUUUUACCGGACGACUGGAAACCAAUCGCCAGAGUCCAGCUUUUCGUGCUUUCCAAGACACAAAGAAAAUAUAUUCGACAAAAACUCAACCUAAAACAAUUAUGGCUCACCGUUCAGUGGUCUUCAAAUGGACGUCGUUCAUACAAAGCUUUUGUUUUUACACAAAUGCCUAAAAAAGGAGUGUUAUAUUUUGAACGUCCAUCUAUUUAUGUAUGUAAGUUUCUCUAUUCUAUCCUAAUUUAAAUGUCUUAGAUUGUUUUUUUUUUAUGUAGGGUAGUUGCAUUAUCAAUAUUUGAAUUAUCUGCUUGUUACUCUUUGUAAAAGAAGUGGGCUCGAAUUCGUGUUACCUUCGUGUCCCUGUUACCUGUUGUAAGGUCGACCAUUGUUUUGUUAUUUUAUUUUCGUCUCGUCCUAUUAACCUCCUGAUGUACUUAUGUAAACGGGAGAGGGGGAGGAAGGCAAAAGACAAUCUCUGACGUCAUGUGCGUUUUGUCAAAGUUCUCAAAGUUCCUCAACGGUUGGAUGCCUCAGACGGUGGCUGGCGCACGCGCACACAAUUUCAGAGAGAUAGUUGUUUUUUGUUGCGAUAUAGGUUAUGUUGUAACUUUAUUUUUCAACACAAAUUGUACAAAUUAACUAAAUCAUACUUUCAUAUAACUUUAUGUACAACAUAAUUAUGUGUUACGUACGUGUUGUAAAGUCCGUCACAAUCAUUGGACUUAACAAUGAACAAUGGUUUCAAAAUUAAAAAAGUUUAAUAUAAUACGUACUUAUUCAAAAAUGUUAUGAAAACUGUACUUCAAAUAAUGAACUUAUUACACAUACUUGUACUUACACUAUAAGUACUGUGCAAAACAUUUGUAUUUGGUUGUCAUAGCAACCAGUACGAUAUUGUUUAAGAGUCUUCCUUCUUACUAAAACAUAGAUAUUUAGGACAAAUUUUUGACAGGUGCUUAAGUAUCGUAGAAUAUGUAGGACAUUCCAAAUGUAGUUAGAUUUGUUGCAUGUCCUUUGUGACCAUUAGGUUAUAGGUAACUUAUCUAGAUGAUGAUGAUGAUUUUGUUCCUUAAAUGCAAGUUUGAUGAUGAACUUUGAUUUUACAAAUCACAUAAGGACUCACUUGAAAGAAUAACGUUCGAUUAGAAUGAAGGAAAAAUUAUGUAGGUACUUUUUUUUUUUGUAGAGGUAUCGUUUUUAACAAUUCAAAUGAUAAAAGUUACUUAUUGCAGAAAUUACAUUUUUUUUAAGGCAUGGUAUAAUACCAUUAAAAAAACUAUACUUAAGAUUUAGGGGUAUUUUUCGAUAUAAUAGGAAAAUAAUUUACAAAUGCAAAAUACUAUCGUUGUAGAAGGUAAUUUAAAUGAGUAGUUUUAUUAUAGAUAUAAGAAUUAUGUUUUGUUAUUAGUUCCAUUUACCAAGGCUUCAGUAAUAGUAAUUAAACAUCGCUUUUAUUGCAAAAACAUUAAUAGUACAUAUUUAAAUUCUAUUUUAACUCCUUGUUCUGUACUUGCCAUUUAGGCUAAGGUCCUUUAUACACUAGGCAACACACGUCUUCCAUACCUAAGUAUGACUUUAUUAUCGUACGGUACACAACGUACCCGGUGGUGGUAUUCACUUAGAGAUUUAAGACAAUGGUUAUCAUGAAUUGAAUUUGUUUGAAUGAUAUAUGACAAAAAAUAAUGAUGCGAUGUACUUUAUUUUAUAGCUGUAUAUGAGAAAUAUUAUAGUAGUUAAAGAAAUGGCCCUCUUUUGUUUUUUGCACAAUACAAUACUUUAUUAUUUUAGUUGCUAUGUAGACAAUUUCGAUGUUCCAUAUUUAUAUACCUACCUCACAACAUUUUUUAUUUGUGUUAUUUAUGUUUGUGUGUUUUAAAGUUUAAUACAUAUUUAGAGGGGUAAUUAGUUUUGUUUUAGUAAUAAUUACAUAAGUAGUGAAAGCAUGCCAAAUUAUGACAAAAAUGUGUCAUAUUUUUGUGAUAGUUCAGCUGUGUUAAGUACAACACUUAAAUAAGAUAUUGUUAUUGCUGUGUUAGUGUGUACGUUAUAACGUCCAGUCUCAAAACAUCUGUACUUAUUUAUCUUAAUAUUUAGCUGUAUUUGCGCUCAAUUGCCAAGUGAUACGUACUUGAUUGCUUCUACCCACGCAGGUACGUCACUAAGGCACUAAUCUGCGGUUUCUGAAAAGCUAUUUAAUUUGUUCUAUUGUCAAUUGUACUUUAAUAGGAAUAAGAUUUUUAUUGUUUGACCUUUUUCCCGUAGUGCUGUGAAAACUCUGAGUUAUAAGGGGUUGGUCCGAACUUAUCAAAAAGCGUAUUUAACACGCUUUUUGAAAAAAUCAAAACUCUCAAUUGUGCUGAAUCUCUUGUGUUGUAAGAAUAUCCUUACAUUAUUCUCAUCCUUACCAGCACGCCAGUAUUCAAGUAAUCAUCAUUUUUUUUAAUAAUCUGCGAUUCAGAGACCUGUAAAUAAUUAACGAUCUAUCUUGAGAGUCCCGAGAAUUGGAUUCUUUUGCGAUAAUCCAAAGAAACUAAACUCAGGCGGUUUGCACAGCCUACGAAACAUCUUAGUUUUGUAUUUCAUUACAAGCUUGUUGUAUGUUUUACUUUCAUUUGCUGUGGAAAUCUAAUUCCUUGCUGAGUCGCAAAUGAUAGUUUUUACAGCCAGAUCCAUAUUUUGUUUUGCAGAUCCCAAAUUAUAUCAUAAGUUGCAGUUGAUCCUAUGUUGUUUAGUUUAAGUGAAUAUAUUAUUUAUGUUGA